UGCGCCUCGAUUUCACCUUUCGAUUUCGUUGCAUUCGUGAUCGUAUCAUAGCUUUAUUAUUCUAUGAUCGUGUAGGUUGUGUGCUAUGAAUGGAGCUGUGCAGUCUAGUGUAGCAAUAGCGAUUGACUUAUCAGUGUCGGCCGUUCGCGGUAAUGUGUGCUUUUUCCGGCAGAUCUGGCGAUAUUCUAGUUUGUUCUAAGUCGCGAAUUGCUCGCGGAAUGUUCGUGCUGAAAUUUCGCGAGUGACUGGAACAAGUCGAACAAGAUCCUGUCAUUAAAACUAAGAACCGGUCCGUAUAAUCGUCCAAGUACCUAGUAGGGAGUGGCUUCUGUUGGAUUUCAAAAAACUCACCAUGGACAAAGAAACAAAAACAGUAUUGUUGAGCUGAUAUUGUCCUAAUGACAACUGCCAAAGAUUCAGAUAACAAUAGUCGAUAGUUUAUCAUUGUUAAUCAAAAGAUAUAGAAUUAAACAAAAUACACAAUGGCCACACUGGUACACAAUCUAAUUGAUAGUUACCAUGACCUCAUGGAUAACAAAAGCGAUCCUAGGGUGAACAGCUGGUUUUUAAUGUCUAGUCCCUUCCCUACCUUGUUUAUGUGUUUAUUCUACGCCUAUUUUUCCAAAGUUCUCGGACCUAAAUUGAUGGAAAAUAGGAAACCUUUUGAUCUUAGAAAUGUUUUAAUUGUCUACAACGCAUUUCAAACAGUAUUUAGUUCGUGGAUAUUUUAUGAGUAUUUGAUGAGUGGAUGGGGAGGUUCCUAUAGCUAUCGGUGUCAACCAGUCGAUUAUUCAAAUAGUCCAAUGGCAUUAAGGAUGGCAAGAACUUGUUGGUGGUAUUAUUUCUCCAAAUUCACAGAAUUCUUUGACACGUUGUUCUUCAUAUUGAGGAAGAAAUUCGAACAUGUCUCUACACUCCACGUUAUUCAUCACGGUUGCAUGCCAAUGAGUGUCUGGAUGGGAAUGAAAUUUGCUCCAGGUGGCCACAGCACAUUCUUUGCCCUUUUAAAUACGUUCGUCCAUAUCAUCAUGUACUUCUACUACAUGGUCGCUGCAAUGGGUCCUCGCUUCCAAAAAUACAUCUGGUGGAAGAAAUAUCUGACCUCGCUGCAAAUGGUUCAAUUUGUCUUCAUCUUCACUCAUCAACUCCAACUGCUGUUCAUUGAAUGCAACUAUCCCAAGAGCUUCAUGAUAUGGAUAGCACUCCACGGAAUCAUGUUUCUAUUCCUCUUCUCCGACUUUUACAAAGUCAAAUACACACAAAACGGCAAGAAGGGUCACCAAGGAGCUUGCAUGCCUGUCCUGGAGGAGGAAAAGGCAAAUGCUAAAGUCAAUGGUCAAGCAAACGGUCAAGCCAAUGGUCAAGCCAACGGAAAAGCAAAUGGACACAUCAGUAAUGGAAAAGUCUCCUCCAACUAUACAACUCCUCAAUCAAAAGUAUCGAAUUCAGUCUAUUAUUCGAACAGUAUUACAAAUGGUUUUAUGGCCUCAGAAGAAAGCCGGAAAAGAUGCAUCAGGUUUUGCUCUGAACGAAAGUAGAAAGGCCCCGCUAUUGUGUAACUGCCCUUUCUAAAAUUCUUAUCAUCUUCCUAAAGUUUAGAAUAUGGUAUUGCUGUUAUGGAUUCUCAUUCUUUCUUUCUAUGGAGAUCAUUUCUAUUUCCAAAUUUUAACUCUCCUAGAAUCUUUAAUGAUGCAUCACUGGAAUUUUACAUCCCUUUAUCUGUUCUGAAGUAAUAUUACUAUUGUCAUAUUCUUUUUUCCAUGAAAACUCAGCCCCUCUGAAUGCAAUUCAAUUUUUUUGAUUCUCUGUCAAUCUGUCAAUGUUUCCUUGUGAUUUCUCUCUGCAUUUAAAUCAUUUUGAGAUAACUUGAAUUUAUGACUCUUAAAAUUGUGUAUGCAUUUUGUCAAUUAAUAGUAUGUAUUGGCUGGUUCGUCAAAUAAUAAAAAGAAAAAAAAGUAAAAAAAAAAAAGAAAAAAAAACAAGAAAUGGGUCAGAUAAGCCUUUCAAAAUUAUUAUGUGGCCUAAGCCUCCACUGUUUUUCCAAACUUUCUUUGAUGACGCACCCAGGAGAAAAAUUUAGUCAAAGAAAGCUAUAAAUUAGGGUGGCCGAAAAUGAGUUUUGAAUCACACUCAUAGCUUGCAAAUUUACAUGUCACUAUCAAUAUGGUAACAGAAUCCUUACAAAAUGUUGAAGGUUGUCAGCAUUACGUCACUUCAACUUUGAUGUCAGCACAGAUCAAAAGAGACAAUGAUAACUUGUGCAUUUGUGCUCAUAUCACCUGUUUAGUAUCUGAGAGUGCCUGUUUUUUGUUAGGUACGAUCACUAUACUUAAAAUACUCUACUUAAGCAUAAAAUUUAGUCCUCCCUCUCUAAAACUUCAAUUUUUCCAUAACAGAAUCUUUUCUCUUUUUGACCCGGUUUUUCUUUCUUUCUUGAUAGCUUACUGAGUAUUUCCUUUGAACAUUGUUACCAAUGCAUAAUCAAAACUAGAAUUUAAAUGCUGAAAUGAAUAUUUGUCUUACUCUGCCAAUUGUUUCUUAUAUCUUAAGAACUAUCAGUUUAUUUUGGUCCUUAGCAUUGAAGCAACAUCUUGGAAAAGGGCAAGUGAAAUUUUCUUGUUUGCCUGUGACAUGUUGUUUGUUAACCAAAAAAAGAAAUCUGCCUGUAAGAUAAAGAGAUCUGGGUGCUUUAACAGCCUUACCUUUACUAACAUAAAAUGUCUCAGGUGCUUGCAAUUAUUGAAGCACUUACCCAAAAGUAUUAUUUUCAAAUGACUAUAUACCUUCAUUAUCUCUGUUUUAGAAUCAGCAAAACAAGAGUUUCUUAAAUCAGCUCUUUUAAAAGCACAGGGUUUUUUUUCUUUUUCUUUUUGCAGAGUAGGCAUUUUGAAAACAUGAUGUUUUCUUUUUCUCUCAUUCAUUUUUUAUUUCACAAUAGUACUGCUAUUUUCAUCAUGGUUUUUGUCUAUUCUAGUAAGCCAGUCAUCAGCUAGGACUUCUAUCAAAAAGUCUGUAGUUAAUAAUUACCAUUGAACAAUGACAAUUACUUUCAAAAUUUUUGUUGUAACAGCCUUUCAAAGGAUUUAAAAUGUAUAACACCCUAUUUUACAGCACCUUUCUUUCCACUGUAAAAAUCUCUACAUUUCUAAAUUUGUGAAUCUUAAAUUGAAAAGAUUAGUUUAAUUUUUGUGAACUUGGUUUUAGCUUUUACUUGUGUUACAAAGUAUAACUGUAAGACUGAUUUUCUAAAAUCAUGAUUUCUUUUUUUCGUCUGUUGAUCGCAAUCAAUUGUACCUUUUAUUGGAUAAUCUCAUUCUUAAUGUACUUCAACUCUAGUUUACAAAUAUAUAAUUAUUUUUUAAAGGUCUUCAAUUUUUUUUCCAGAAAAUCAGUCUUAAAUCAAUGCACAGCUAUAUGAUCUGCAUCGCCAGUCGCAACGACCUCUUGUACCUGUUAGUCACCCUGUUCACAAUUACCCUGCUUUUCUCAUCAUUAUUUAGACAAGAAAAUGCAAAAAAAAAAAAAAAAAAAAAAAAAAAAAAAAAAAAAAAAAAAAUCCUGAAAAAGCAGGAAUUACUUUAUUUUACGUAUUGAGUCUAGCCUAAUUUAUUAUUAAUCUACUUGUAUUAAAGUUUUUUAUUUAUUUUUAUUUUAA